AUGGUUCACGUUUCGCUGCUGCGCUUCUACUUUGAGCUGAGUCGCCUCAUCGGGCUCUGCAACCUGCACUACGAUCCGCCUCAUCAUCGCCUAGUGCUGAAUCAUGUGCCUACUGUGGUGUAUUGCCUCGUCCUGGAUGUGGCCUACGUGUUCAUCAUGCCCUUUGCCUUCUCCCUGCUGGUGGGAAACAUUUACGGAUGCAAGCAGCUCGGCAUGUUCGAUGCCGUCUACAAUGUGAUGGGACAGGCCAAGCUCUUCAGCAUGCUGGUGCUCAUCGGCGGCGUUUGGCUAAGGCGUUGCCGGAUGGAGGGUCUGGGGAAUGAAUACCUGAAGCUACUGUUUCACUUCCGCUCCGCCGCGCUGAACCACGUGCGGAGGCUCUGCCUGUGGAAGGUGGCACUGACCAGCUCCCGAUUUGUGAUGCUCAUCCAAAUCCUCCUGACGCCCAAUUCUCUGAUGCACUGUAAACACACAUUGGAUCGGACAGGUGUGGCGCCCUUCUACUUGGCCGCGAUGGGGUAUGCCCUGAUCAUGGAGCUGAUGGUGACCUAUGUGGACGUCACGGUGUACAUGAUCCAUGUGUCUGGCAAUUGGUUGAUCUCGAGCAUGACGGAACGGCUCCAGGAAAUGAUUGAUGAUGUGGAGGUCUUGCCAAAGCGUUUGGGUCGUCCUCGAGAUAUGGGCCUAAGGCAAAUCCUGUCCGCCUGGCUUUUACUCUGGCAUCGAUGCCUGCAUCUGGAUGAUCUUCUCAGGCAGCUCCGGGAUAUCUUUCAGUGGCAGAUUCUGUUCAAUCUGGGCACCACUUAUAUCUUCAGCAUUGCCACCGUCUUUCGCCUGUGGAUUUACAUAGACUAUUCCAAAGAUUACAGCUUGUGGACGUGCCUCAUCAUGCUCUUUGUGUUCCUCGCCCACCAUUGCGAGGUCAUGAUGCAGUUUUCCAUCUUUCAUACGAAUACUUCCAAGUGGCGGAAGCUCCAAGAGCAGCUGCAACAUCUCUGGUUUCUGAAUCAGUCACAGAAUGGCGCUGGUCUUACUGCGGAAGUUGUUCUCGCCAGGAAGUUGGAGUUUGCCAUUCUUUACCUCAAUCGGAAGCUCCAAGCGCGGCCGCAACGCGUGCGACACCUUCACAUUUUGGGCCUCUUCGACCUGAGUCGUGCCUCCGGCCAUGCGAUGACCUCUUCUGUAUUUAGCAAUGCCCUGGUCCUUUGUCAGAUCGCCUAUAACAUAUAUGGAUGA